AUGACGACUGCGUACAUUUCCGCUGCAACGAACCGAUUUCCACGCGCUGCAGACAUAUCGGACGCGUCCAUCGUCGCCUUUGGCUCCUCUAAUCUCAUCGCAUUCUGGGAUCCCACUAGCGAUCGCGGGGUGUUUGCAAAACUUGUUGGCCAUGAAGAAACUGUUACUUGUGUCCGAUUCAUCUCGCAUGACGUCCUCGUAACUGCAGACGAGAAAGGCGUCGUCAGGUGUUGGAGGAAAUCAGCGUCAGAGUGGACAGAAGCGGCCAAAACCCAAGCACAUUCGCAUGCUAUUGCCUCUCUGUCAUCACUAGGAAGCUCAAUAGUCACGACGUCGUCGGACGGGACCGUGCAGCUAUGGGAAAUCUCCUCCGAUGCUGCGGAACUUAGGAAGGUACAAGCGUUUUCGCUCAGCGGAAAAUACGCAUUGUCCUUGGCCCUAGCCAAGCUACCUCACUCUAAUGUGGAAAUACUCGCCAUCGGCACCACCGACCGCAACAUACAUAUCUGGACACGCUCAUCCGACUGCUUUGUGCCUUCUGCAGUUUUGCAAGGGCACGAAGACUGGGUCAAAUGCCUUGCUUUUGUCGAAGACGGCGAACAAACGCUCGUUCUUGCUUCUGGAUCUCAAGACGCAACAAUCCGGCUUUGGAAAAUCGAACCCAUGGCCAAACGACAAGAGUCACAGUCGUCGGACCCCCUCGCCGAUGAGCUCUUGGACGCAUUUGAAGCAUCUUUAGGUGAUCUCGCCGAUGCAGAAGAAGGUGGUCGCCAAAUAUCCCUCAAGCGCCAUAUUGUCACUGUCAAACAAGACGAAUCGAACUCGUCCCAGUAUUCGAUAACUUUCGAUGCUCUCUUGAUUGGCCAUGAAGCCGGGGUAACAUCAUUAUCAUGGCGCACAAUCUCAAAGGAGUCUACCCUCCUUUCAACAUCAACCGAUUCCUCAUUAAUCUUGUGGUCUCCCUCAACAAUCCAGGCGGCUGAAACCACAAUUUGGGUCAGCCAACAACGAUUCGGCGAUGUCGGUGGACAGCGGCUGGGUGGAUUCGUCGGUGGCUUGUGGGUUCAAGGCGGGAGUGAGGCGCUAGCAUGGGGAUGGUCCGGUGGAUGGCGACGCUGGCGUCGUACUGAAGAAUCAUGGAGUGAAAUCAGCGCCAUCACGGGACACAGGGGUCCCAUCAAAUCUCUUGAUUGGAGCCCGAAUGGUGAAUAUCUGAUUUCUACUGGAUUGGAUCAAACAACCAGGAUCCACGGACCUGUCCGUGGCGUCGAUGGAAGAACUUCGUGGCACGAACUUUCCCGUCCUCAGGUUCAUGGGUAUGACCUGUUGGGGGUGGUAUUCCUUGAUGCUCUCAAAUUUGUGAGCAUCGCGGAUGAAAAAGUUGCUCGCGUCUUUGAAGCCCCUGGAGUGUUUGUGGACCUCAUCGAAAACCUUGGAAUAGCAAGUUUCUCGAAACAGACCCGUCCAGUUGCAGCAAGCGUCCCACCACUAGGAUUGUCAAACAAGGCGGUUUCCGAUGUUGUAACUCCGGCUUCGGGAAGCAGCAACAUAUCUAGAGCGCCGUUUGAAGGAGAACUAGCCGCUACUACUCUGUGGCCAGAAAUUGAGAAGGUCUUCGGACACGGAUACGAGGUUCUAUCAUCCUUUUCAUCUGCCUUUUUUGUAUUCACCACAUUCCAGUCAAUGAGCCUCGCUGUUUCCAACUCCCGAAAGCUGAUAGCAACUGCGUGCAAGGCCUCCACAGCCGAGCAUGCUGUCGUUCGCGUCUAUGACACAGAAAGAUGGCAGCCUGUUGGCGAGCCUCUGAGAGGCCACACCCUGACAGUCACCCGCAUCGCCUUCAGUCCAGAUGACCGCUUCAUACUCUCCGUCUCUCGAGAUCGGUCCUGGAGACUCUUCGAAGGCAAUGUAGAUAACGGUUACACCCCUGUUGCGGCCGACAAAUCCCAUGGUCGCAUAAUAUGGGAUUGUGCGUGGGCACAGGAAGAAAACAUCUUUGCAACUGCUUCUCGAGAUAAAACGGUCAAAAUCUGGCAGCAAUCUGAAGACGAGCAAGCCAGAUGGAUCGCGGUGGAAACGCUGAAGCUGAAUGAAGCUGCUACAGCCGUGGAUUUCUCGCCGUUGGACGCCAAUAAUCGACGCUAUCUUGCUAUCGGUCUUGAAAAUGGCGCGCUUUUGGUCUAUGUGCAGCAAGACAAGCAAUGGAGUCUCCAUUGCUCCAAUUCCGGCCAUGUUGCCGCUAUUCACCGACUAAGUUGGCGACCACGCAAUUCUGAAGAAAUGGAACUAGCCAGUUGUAGUGAAGAUGGUACAUUGAUGAUUGUUCAAAUCGCUAUAAAGUAUGUCUGA